CGGCGAGGCGGAGAGUUUAUUGGUGCCGGAGCUGCGGCGCUGCCGGGGCGGGGAGCGAGCGCGGCACAGGGCGGGGGGCCCGGCUGGGCCGGCCCGGGACGAUGCUGCGGCUGGUGUCGCUGAAGUUGGGGCGGCUGUACCGCUACGUGAAGCUGGCGGUGCUGGGCAGCCUGGCGGCGGCGCUGGUGCUGAACACGCACUCGCUGCUGGCCUCGCUGCAGCGCAACGAGCUGUCGGAGCGGCGCUUCCUGCAGCUCAAUAAGUGCCCGGCCUGCUGGGGCACCAGCUGGUGCCGCAAGUUCCUCAACGGGCAGCUGCGGCUGGAGAGCUGGGGCCGCCUGCGCCUCUUCGACUUCUUCAAUGUCAAGAACGUCUACUUCGCGCGGUACGGGGAGCCCCGCGAGGGCAGCCGCCGCGUUGUCCUCAAGCGCCUGGGCUCCGCGCAGGAGCUCGCCGACAUCGACACCAAGAUCUGCCGCCGUGCCACCGGCAGGGGCCGCUGCGACCUCCUCCAGGCCCUGCACGCCACCGAGUUCGCCAGCCUCAACGGCGACGUGCGGCUCCUCACCCCCGACGCCGUGGAGGGCUGGUCGGACCUGGUACACUGCCCCUCGCAGCGCCUGCUCGACCGCCUGGUCCGCCGCUACGCCGAGACCAAGGACUCCGGCAGUUUCCUGCUGCGCAACCUGAAGGACUCGGAGCGCAUGCAGCUCCUCAUUACCCUCGCCUUCAAUCCCGAGCCGCUGGUCCUGCAGAGUUUUCCAUCUGAUGAGGGUUGGCCAUUCGCAAAGUACUUAGGAGCAUGCGGAAGAAUGGUGGCUGUCAAUUAUGUUGGAGAAGAGCUGUGGAGUUACUUUAAUGCACCAUGGGAGAAACGAGUGGAUCUGGCCUGGCAAUUAAUGGAAAUAGCUGAGCAGCUAACAAAUAAUGACUUUGAAUUUGCACUCUACCUCCUUGAUGUCAGCUUUGACAACUUUGCAGUUGGACCAAGAGAUGGGAAAGUUAUCAUUGUAGAUGCAGAAAAUGUCCUGGUAGCAGACAAAAGGUUAAUCAGACAGAAUAAACCUGAAAACUGGGAUGUAUGGUAUGAAAGCAAAUUUGAUGACUGUGAUAAAGAAGCUUGUCUGUCCUUCUCAAAAGAGAUUCUUUGUGCUCGUGUCACUGUGGACCACAAUUAUUAUGCUAUUUGUCAGAACCUUUUAUCAAGACAUGCCACGUGGCGUGGCACUUCCGGAGGACUACUUCAUGACCCACCAGCUGAAAUUGCCAAAGAUGGCCGACUUGAGGCCUUGCUGGAUGAGUGUGCCAACCCAAAGAAGCGGUAUGGUAGAUUCCAAGCUGCAAAAGAACUGCGAGAAUACCUUGCACAAUUGAGUAACAAUGUGAGGUAGUCCACAGUGAAAUUUUUUUGCAACACUGGCUAAAACACUAUUGCAAAGACACAUAGAAAAUGAAGUUUUGAACUUACAUAUUAAAAAGAGAACAUAAAAACCCCCUAGUUUAUCAGUUUUAUAAAUACCAUAAAAUAAUAAAUUUAUGGUGUUGUAAUGUUCCUUUGCAAACAGACAAGGUACUUAGUGAAUUAAAACUUGAGCUACUAUUGACUCCCCUCCCUAACUAUGUAAAAGGGAGUAAGUCAUUAAAGACUGUGAUAGUUUAAUUGACAGCUUGUGUGUCAAAGGGUACUUUACAUAAAACAGCAUUAGUGUCACAGUUUUGUGAAGCUGAUGUUCUUACUUGGAAAGUCAAGUUAGACUCAUGGCCUGUUUUAAAGGCCUUUUCCUGCAUUGUCUCAUUUUUGUGUUUGUUUAAACACCUUGAAGUGGCAUUUACAUCCAGGUAAAUCUAGCUGUCUGCAUUCUUUCAAAUUUAACAGGCUUUCAUGUUAAUGCUGUGCAGUACAUUCCUACUGUGAGUGCAGGAUUCCUAUGUUUACUGUCUAAUUUUAGGGGGGUUUACACUGUAUUUUACUAUGCUUAGACAUUGUGUAUUUUUUUUUUAAGAU